UUUGUGGAGGACCGACGUCAGUGUUUGUGCUGCUCUGGGGGAAGAUGGCGGAGGCUGCGGCUGUUCCACCGCAUCGGUUUUUCUGUCACCGUUGUAAGGGGGAAGUGAACCCAAAGCUCCCGGAGUACAUCUGUCCAAGGUGUGAUUCAGGCUUCAUAGAAGAAGUUACAGAGGACUCCAGUCUCUUAGAGAGUGGUGCAAACGGGAUAGAUGACACAGCUACACAGUUUGCAGAGCUAUGGCAUCUCUUGUUACUGGAGCGGCCUUUCACCACAGAUGGCGACACACCUGACUCAGAACCUCGUCUCCCUGGAGGCCGCUUGGGGAGUCUGAGUGACCUGGGGGGUUUAGGAGGGGGACCAAUUGGGGGGUCAGUUCCAGCAGGGCUAGGGGGACCUAUGGUGGGUCUACUAGGAGCUGGGGAACAUUGGGGGCCAGGGCGCCCCCCUCGUCUGCACAGCCAGAGGAGAUACCGCUCCAGAGGCAGCAGUAGACCAGACCGCUCGCCUGCUGUUGAAGGGAUUGUUCAACAGUUUCUUGCCGGCCUCUUUGCCAACUCGGGAGUCCCUGGCUCCCCUCCCUUGUCGUGGACGGGAAUGCUGCACUCUAACCCGGGGGAUUACGCGUGGGGACAGGGAGGGUUAGACGCCGUGAUAACACAGUUACUAGGUCAGUUGGAGAACACGGGGCCUCCUCCAGCAGAGAAAGAGAAGAUCUCUUCCCUCCCAACUGUCAAUAUCUCUCAGGAACAAGCAGACUGCUGUAUGGAAUGUCCAGUGUGCAAAGAGGACUUUGCGGUGGGAGAGCCAGUCAGACAGCUACCCUGUAACCACUUCUUUCAUUCAGACUGUAUAGUACCAUGGCUGGAAAUGCAUGACACGUGUCCAGUGUGUAGGAAGAGUUUGAACGGAGAAGACAACAGCAGCCAGCCCCCCUCAGAGUCCCCCUCCCUCUCCAUGGACCCCCGCACACAGGAGAGAUGGUCCUUCUGAGACACCCACCUGUGACAUCCCUCGCUCCUUCUCGCCCACGUCGAUCGCCACACAGAGAAGACAAAACACUUCUCACUUCCCUCUCUUCAUCUCCGUUGCAGUCAUAAUCAUCUCGCUCUGAUAUUUUUUUGUAUUUUUAAUUUUUUAUUUUAAUGCCUUUCUCUUCAACCGUGUAUACAGAAUCCUGUUCAGAAGUCUUAACAGCCACCUGAGGUCCACUGGAUCUUUUUUUCUUUUGCCUCAUUACAGACCAGCCUAGAUUGAUAAUGAUUAAGUCCAUAUCGUCUCCAAUUCCACUUCUUAAGAAACUCCUUUUACCGUCUUUUCUGAUAUGCACUGCUGAGAUACACUAUUGUGAGGAAGUGCCAGACUUUAUAUCAUACACAAUGCCCUCUUUAAUAAUGGAAAAAAAAAGCUGAGAGCUGCAACUGAGCCAAGUAUGGCCCAUAGGAAUACAGUCAGGAUUACCUAACUCUUUGCAUUUACAUGUUAUGGACCUGACAACAGUGACGAUGUAAACCCCUGCUAUAAAUGUUACAUUUGUUCAGGGUUUGAUCAGGUUCAAGUUUUGUUAAACUUUAUCACAAAGAUGCUGACUGGACUCUUGAGUUGCCGCCAUCUAAUGUCUGCAAACUGAAGCUGCAACAUCAAAUAAAAGCAAGGAAUUGCUCACACUCUGCAGCACCCUAAAAAAAAAAAGAAAAUGUCAUACCAGUAAGGGAAUUAAUUAAAAAUCUUAAAAUGAUGGCCCAUCAGAUUGAAAGCUCCUCCUCCUGGUGUAUAUAUUACAAACAGAUGGCAUCCCUCUGUCUUUUUAUUCCUCCAUUUAUGACUAUCCUUUGUUUCACAUUUUUAUCACUUUUUCUUUUUGAUGUAAAUAAUUUUAGUCCAACAACUUAAGGUUUGCAAAGGAAAAAAAACAUUGAGAAUGGAGACACAAAUGUGAAAUACCUGGUUAUCAAACUGUAUAUUAUAUAUAUGAAAAAAAAUGUCUAUGAUGUAUUAAUAAAUUGACAAAAAAAGCUGAAGUGUUUUUGUUAUCUGCC